AUGUCCGCCCGCCGCUCCAUCUUCAACGCGCCCUCCUCCGACAACGGCGACGAAGCCGACGAAGACCAACUCCCCGAGCACCAGCCCUCAGACCUCAGCGCCUCCGACCCGGGCUCCGAGUCCGACCAGUCCCCCCUCUCCGACGACGACGAAGCUCCCUCCGAAGACGGCGAAGAAGACGACGAAGACCUCCCCGAAGACUCACAAAAUGCCCACGCAGACAACGACCCCGACACCGACAGCGACCCGGACUCCUCCUACCGCUGGGGCACGCACCACGACACGCGCCGCACCGUGCAGCCCUUCUACGGCGUCAUCGCCGCGCUCGACCGCGCGCACAACUCCUCCCUCUCCGCCCACCUCUACUCCGCGCACCUGAUCAAGCGGCACAACCUCGCCGCGCCGCCCGCCACCCCCUCCGCCACCUCCACCUCCACCUCCGAGACCGAGCCCCCGCGCAAGAACCGCGCCUACUCGCCCACGCAGCUCGCGUCGGACACCCUGCUCCCGCGCUCAAAGCGCUUCAUCACAAACAGCUGGACCUCCUGGCCGCACCCUGCGCACCACGUCCCGCGCGGCCCCGAGCACGAGCCCCACACGCUCAAGUCGCAGCCGCGGCGCUCCCACAUCGACCCGUCAACCUACUCCGCGCCCGCCCCCACCACCACCGCCGCCGCCGCCGCGGAGACGGCACCAAGCAGCAUGCUCGAGGAGGUGCUCACGGCCGUGUUCCUCCGCGCCGGCAAAGAGAAGCUGCUGGCGCGCGGGGAGGCCCUGACGCCAGUGCUGGACGAGGACGUGAGUAACCACCUGUUGAGGCCGGUGGUGCGCAGCGUUAUCAGCCGCUUGGAUGGGCUGCUGGUGGGGCUGCACCACGAGCGCUCAUACACCAAGGCGCUUGUGGCCGAAGAGGCGGCGGCCGCCGUCGCCCACGCCCACGCGCUCGACGGCGCCGCCCCGCGGCGCAAGACCAGACCCUACAAGCGGCCCCCAGCGCGCAAGAAGAAGCGGUCCGUCACCUCCGCGGAGGCAGCACGGGAGCGGCACAGGGCCGUCACGCCCAUGACCGACACCGAAGCCGAAGAAGAAGAAGAAGAAGAAGAAGAAGAAGAAGGGGGUGACUCACAGCCCGUUCGGAAGCGGAAGCGGGCGCCGUCACCGGUCGCGCGGAAGUGGGCGAGGAAGCGGAUGAUGCGGCUGCGGCUUCGGGAUUGGAGCAAUGUUGUUGGCGUUGCGGCGCUGACGGGGUUUGCGGGCGGUGUUGUGCAGCGGACGGCGGGGCGGUGCGGGGGGCUGUUUGGGGAGACGAUGGGGUGGAGGUGCGUUGGGUGGGAUGAUCAUCUGAGGGAUCGAAGGGGUGGGGAGGAGUGGGUUGGUGCGAGGGUGGAGGCGAAGGGCGGGAGUGAUAGGGGGGGUGGGGGGAGUAAGGAGGGGAGUGGGAGUGGGAGUGGGAGUGGGAGUGGGAGUGGAGGGGAGAGCGGGAGCGGGGGUGAGGGGAGCGAGGGGAGUGAGGAGCUGUAUGAGGGCAUCACGAGAGAUGGGUUUUUGGCACCCGUGGCCAGGCCCGUGAGGAGGGAUGUGGGCAGGAGGAGACCGAAGUUCAAAUAA